UGAAGAAAUGCCGGUUACAACCAGAGGAAGGAGCAGCGGCCUCAAACGCAAGAAGAUCUUAGAGGAAAGCAAAUCAGAGAAAGUCCUCAGGAUUGAGGAUAUUGAAGCAGAGGUGGAGACUCCCAAAGAGAAGCCAGUGGCAGAGCAUCAGCAAGAGAAUAAAGACGAAGUUGUUGCUGAAUCUGACAAAGAGGAGUUAGCUGAGGAUGUCAUUGACACGGCCAUGGGGGACACAGCAGUAGAGCCUGAGCUUGGAGAGGAGAUUGGAGAGACUGUUACAACACGGACACUUCAGAUUCAGAAAGCCGCUGUGUUGCUGGUGGACCUGAAAGAAACCUUGCAACCACAAGUGGAGGUAGAAAAUGUGGCCUCAGAGAUAGAGGUGGAGGAGGAGGAGGCUCCAAAGGAGGUGUCAGAAACCGAUGAAGAAACAGCCGAAGAACCCACUGAGGAAAAGAAAAGAAGCCUCACAAAACCUUUUGAGGAGGAGGAGGAGACUGUGAAAGAAGAGCAGCCAGCAGUUGAAAAACCUGUUGAGGAGGAGACAGUGAAAGAAGAGCAGCCAGCAGUUGAGAAACCUGUUGAGGAGGAGAUCGUGAAAGAAGAGCAGCCAGCAGUUGAGAAACCUGCUGAGGUAAAGGAGAAGAUCUCACCACCUGAAAAGGAAGUGGUAGCUCCAGUGGUAGAAACAAGAGUCCUUCGGAGAGGAAUAAAAAGUGUACCAUUUACCCCGACUCCAAAACGCAAGUACACAAGAAGAGUCAAACAACCUGUGGAAGAGGAGGAGGAGGAAGAGGUGGCUGAGGAAGAAGUAGAGGCAGCUGUAGUUGAAGCCAAAGUCCUGAGAAGAGGAAGGAGAUCUGCCCCUCCUGCCCAUGCCACACCUAAAUGCAAAUUCACUCCAACUGUUGUUGAAGCGGAAGAGGCAGAAAAAACAGAUGAAACGACAGAGGAGGAAGUAGACAACAAAGUCCAGGAAAAAGCUGUUGAGGCAGAGAAGGCUACAACGACAACAACAACAAGCGAAGAGGAAGAGAAGGCUACAACAACAACAACAAGCCAAGAGGAAGAGGAAGUGGAAAGCUUUGAGGAGGUUGUGGAAGUUCCUCCAGUUGUGGAAACUAGAGCUAAGAGGAGCAGGACAAAAACAGUCAUAGCAGUCACACCCAAACGAAAGUCCUUACGAAGCAAGUAUUCUGUGGAUUAUAAGGAACAAGAUGCAGAGGAGGAGGAAACAGGAAAUGAAUCCACAGUGGAAGAAGGGGAGGAUAAUGUAGUGGCAGAAGAGGUGAGCGUAGUAGAGGAAGAAGAAGGGUUCCCGGUGGCUGAGGUUGCUGUUGUCAAGGAGACGGAGAAGCAGCCUGAGGAACACAAAUCAGAGAAAGUCAUCAGGAUUGAGGAUAUUGAAGCAGUGGUGGAGACUCCCAAAGAGAAGCCAGUGGCAGAGCAUCAGCAAGAGAAUAAAGACGAAGUUGUUGCUGAAUAUGACAAAAAGGAGUUAGCUGAGGAUGUUGUUCACACAGCCACGGAGGACACAGCAGUAGAGCCUGAGCUUAGAGAGGAGAUUGGAGAGACUGUUGCAAAACAGACACUCAAGCUCCAGACGGCCAUUGUGGUACUAGUGGACCUGAAGAAAACCUUGCAACCACAAGUGGAGGUAGAAAAUGUGGCACCGGAGAUAGAGGUGGAAGAAGAGGCUCCAAAGAAGGUGUCAGGAACCGAUGAAGACGAAAAAGAAACAGCCAAAGAACCCUCUAAGGAGGAAAAGAAAAGAAGAGGACGACCAAGAUCCACUCAUCUCAGAACACCUGUUGAGGCUGAGGAGGAGACAGUGAAAGAGGAGCAGCCAGCGGUUGAGAAACCUGUUGAGGGAAAGGAGAAGAUCUCACCACCUGACGAGGAAGAUGCAGGUCCAGUGGUAGAAACAAGAGUCCUGAGGAGAGGAAGAAUAAGUGUUCCAGCUACCCCGACUCCAAAACGCAAGUACACAAGAAGAGACAAACAGCAUGAGGAGGAAGAGAAAGAGCCAGCUGUGGAAGAAAAGGCUCCAGUGGUAGAAACAAGAGUCCUCGGGAGAGGAAGAAAAAGUGUUCCAGCUACACUGACUCUGACACGCAAGUACACACAGACAGGCAAACAACCUAAAGAAGAGAAGGAGGGGGAGGAAGAGCCAGCUGAGGAAGAAGAUGAUGCUCCGGUAGUGGAAACCAUAGUUCUGAAGAGCGAGAGAGGCAGAUUUUCUGCUCUUGCUCAUCCCAGACACAAAUCCACACAAGCCUGCAAAGAACCUGGGGAAGAGGAGGAGAAGGAAGGGGAGUUGGCUAAAUCUGUUCAGGAAGCUUUGGAAGAAAAGAUAGAGAAAGCAGUGGAUGAAGCAGCAGCUGCAACAGUGGAGAGUGUGGGGGAAGAAAAGGGGGCAGAGGAAGCAAGAACUGAGGAGGAGGAAAAGGUGGAGGAAGAGAAGGAAGCGGAAACUGAAGCUGCAGCUGAAACUGUACCAGUGGAAGACGAGAGUGUUGCAGAAGAAAAGGUGGUGGAGGGAGAAACAAUUCAGGAAGAGGAAAAGGUAGAGGAAGAAAAGGAGAUUACAGAAACUAUUACAACACAGACACUCAAGCUUCAGAAAGCCACUGCGGUGCUGGUGGACUUGAAAAAAACUGUGGCCUCAGAGAUCGAGGAGGAAGAAGAGGCUCCAAAGGAGUUGUCAGGAAUGGAUGAAGACGAAGAAGAAACAGCCAAAGAACCCUCUAAGGAGGGAAAGAAAAGAGGAUGCCCAAGAUCCACUCAUCUCACAAAACCUGUUGAGGUUGAGGAGGAGACGGUGAACGAGGAGCAGCCAGCAGUUGAGAAACCUGCUGAGGAAAAGGAGAAGAUCUCACCACCUGAAGAGGAAGAGGCAGGUGAGGAAGACGAACUGGCACCAGUAGUGGAAGCCAAAGUUCUGAGGAGAGAAAGGACAUCUGCCUCUCCUCCUGCCCCUGCCACACCUAGAUGCAAAUCCACACCAACUGUUGUUGAAGCAGAAGCGGCAGAAAAAACAGAUGAAACAACAGAGGAGGAAGUAGACAACAAAGUCCAGGAAAAAGCUGUUGAGGAAGAGAAGGCUACAACGACAACAACAACAACAAGCCAAGAGGAAGAGGAAGUGGUAGCAGAGAGCCUUGAGGAAGUUGUGGAAGUUCCUCCAGUUGUGGAAACUAGAGCUAAGAGGAGCAGGACAAAAACAGUCACAGCAGCCACACCCAAACGAAAGUCCUUACGAAGCAAGUCCUCUGUGGAUUAUAAGGAACAGGAUGCAGAGGAGGAAGAAACAGGAAAUGAACCCACAGUGGAAGAAGGGGAGGAUAAUGUAGAGGCAGAAGAGGCGAGUGUAGUAGAGGAGGAGGAAAAAGAGGAAGGGUUCCCGGUGGCUGAGGUUGCUGUUGUCAAGGAGACGGAGAAGCAGCCUGAGGAACACAAAUCAGAGAAAGUCAUCAGGAUCGAGGGGGAGACUCCUAAAGAGAAGGCAGUGGCAGAGCAUCAGCAACAGAAUAAAGAAGAAGAAGAGGAGUUAGCUGAGGACGUUGUUCAGACAGCCACGGCGGACACAGCAGUAGAGGCUGAGCUUGGAGUGGAGAUUGGAGAGACUGUUGCAAAACAGACACUCAAGCUUCAGAAAGACACUGUGUUGCUGGUGGACCUGAAGAAAACCUUGCAACAAGUGGAGGUAGAAAAUGUGGCCUCAGAGAUAGAGGAGGAGGAGGCUCCAAAGGAGGUGGCUGGAACCAAUGAAGACAAAGGAGAGAACAACAAAGAAACAGGCAGACCAAGAUCCACUCGUAUCACAAAACCUGUUGAGGCUGAGGAGACAGUGGAAGAGGAGCAGCCAACAGUUGAGGAACCUGCUGUGGAAGUGGAGAUCUCGCCACCUGAGGAUGAAGAGGAGGCUCCGGUUGUAGAACCUAGAGUCCUGAGGAGAGGAAGAAAAAGUGUUCCAUUUACUCUGACUUCAAAACGCAAGUCCAAAAGAAGAGGCAAACAGCAUGAGGAAGAGGAGAAUGUGGAGGAGCCAGAAGAAGAAGAGGCACCAGUAGUGGAAGCCAGAGUUCUGAGGAGAGGAAGGAAAUCGGCUUCUGCUCCUGCCACACCUAGACGCAAAUCCACACAUGCCACUAAAGAACCUAAAGAGGAGGAGGUGGCUGAAUCUUUUCUGGAAGCUGUGGAAGAAAAGGAGAAAGUAAAACCAGUGCAGGAGGAAAGGGCAGAGGAGAAUGCCACACUGAUGGAUAAAGAGGAUAUGGUGGAGGAAGCUGCAACAGUGGAGAGUGUGGAGAACGAAAGGGUGGCAGCAGAAGACAUAACUGAGGAAGACGGAACGGUAGGGGAAGAGAAGGAAGAGGAAGCUGAAGCUCCACCUGAAACUGCAACAGUGGAGGAGGAGAGUGUUGCAAAAGAAAAUGUGGAUGAAGAAGCAACAACUAAGGAAGAGGAAGAGCAGGAAGCGGAGAGAGUGGAAGAAGAAAAUAUUGAGGAAGCUGCAGCAGAAACUAUUAGUGUCAAAGAAAAUAUGGAGGAGGAAGCAACAACCACAGUGGAAGAAAAGGAAGAGGAAAAAGUGGAAGAAGUGAAGAAAGAGGAAACAGUUAUUGAACUAGCUGUAGAAAAACUAGCUGAAAAAGUUGCUGGGAUAGAAGAGGUUGAUAAAGUGGAGGAGAAAGAGGGAGCAAAGCCAGUUGAGGAAGAGAAGAAGACUUCACUCGAGGAGGAAGAGCAAGCUCCAGUAGAGGAGGAAGAGGAUGCUCCAGUUGUAGAAACAAGAGUUUUGAGGAGAGGAAGAAAAAGUAUUCCAGCUUCUCCGACUGCAAAGCGCAAGUACACAAGAAGAGACAAACAAGCGGAGGAGAAAGACCCAGCUGUGGAAGAAAAGGAACCAGUAGUGGAAACCAGAGCUCUGAGGAGAGGAGGCAGAGGAAGAUGUUCUGCUCCUGCCCCUGCCACACACGGACGCAAAUCCACAAGAGCCUGCCAACAAACUGAGGAAGAGGAGGAUGUGGAGGCAACGGUUGAACCUGCACCAGAAGCAAAGGAGGAAGAGAAGAAAGUGGAGAUAGUGGAAGAGGCGAGUGUUGCAGAAGAAAAGGUGGAAGAAGUAAAAGCAGUGGAGGAAGAAGGAACAACUCUGGAAGAGGAAAAGGUGGAGGAAGAGAAGGAAACAGAGAUAGUGGAAGAAGACGUUGAGGAAGCUGCAGCAGAAACUGCACCAGUGAAAGAAAAUGUAGAGGCUGAAGCAACAACUGAGGAAAAUGAAGAUGUUGAGGAAGCUGCAGCAGAAACUGCACCAGUGAAUGAAAAUGAGGAAGCAACAACUGAGGAAAAGGAAAAUGUUGAGGAAGAGAAGAAAGAGGUUGAAGCAGAAAAGGAAACAAUUGUUGAAAUGGCUAUAGAGAAACUAGCAGAGGUAGUUGAAAAGGCACAAAACGUGGAGUUGGUAACAGCAGUGGAAAGUGUUGCGGAUGAAGUGAUAAAAAAGCCUGUUGAGGAACCUGCUGAGGAAGGGAAGACCUCACUACCUGAGGAUGGAGAAGAGACUCCAGUUGUAGAAACAAGAGUCCUGAGGAGAGGAAGAAAAAGCAUUCCAGUAACGCCUCCAAAACGCAAGUACACACGAAGAGGCAAACAACAUGAAGAAGAGAAAGAUGCGGAGGAAGAGCCAGCUGAGGAGGAAGAUGCACCAGUAGUGGAAACCAUAGUUCUGAAGAGCGAUAACGGAGGCAGAUUUUCUGCUCUUGCCCCUCCUUCUGCCACGCCCACAUGCAAAUCCACACACGCCUGCUUAAAACCUGAGGAAGAGGAGAAGAAGGAAGAAGAGUUGGAGGUAGAAAAGGUAGAGGAGGAAAAGAUGGAGGCGGUGGUUGAACCUAUUCAGGAAGCUUUGGAAGUAGUGGAUGAAGCAGCAGCUGCAACAGUGGAGUGUGUGGGGGAAGAAAGGGCGGCAGAGGAACUAAGAACUGAGGAGGAGGGAAAGGUGGAGGAAGAGAAGGAAGCGGAAACUGAAGCUGCAGCUGAAACUGUACCAGUGGAAGACGAGAGUGUUGCAGAAGAAAAGGUGGUGGAGGGAGAAACAAUUCAGGAAGAGGAAAAGGUAGAGGAAGAAAAUGAGAUUACAGAAACUAUUAAAACACAGACACUCAAGCUUCAGAAAGCCACUGUGGUGCUGGUGGACUUGAAACAAAUCUUGCAACCACAAGUGGGGAUUGACAAUGUGGCCUCAGAGAUAGAGGAGGUGAAGAAGGAGGCUCCAAAGGAUGUGGCAGGAACUGAUGAAGACGAAGUUGAGGAACCUGCUGUGGAAGUGGAGAUCUCGCCACCUGAGGAUGAAGAGGAGGCUCCAGUUGUAGAAACAAGAGUCUUGAGGAGAGGAAGAAAAAGUGUUCCAUUUACCCCGACUCCAAAACGCAAGUCCAAAAGAAGAGGCAAACAGCAUGAGGAAGAGGAGAAUGUGGAGGAGCCAGAAGAAAAAGAGGCAGCUGAGGAAGAUGAAGAACAGGCUCCCGUAGUGGAAGCCAGAGUUCUGAGGAGAGGAAGGAAAUCUGCUUCUGCCACACCUAGACGCAAAUCCCCACAUGCCACUAAAGAACCUGGAGAGGAGGAGUUGGCUGAACCAGUGGAGGAGGUAAGGGCAGAGGAUAAAGCCACACUGAUGGAUAAAGAGGACAUGGUGGAGGAAGCUGCAACAGUGGAGAGUGUGGAGGAAGAAAGGGUGGCAGUGGAAGCCAUAACUGAGGAAGACGGAAAGGUAGAGGAAGCUGAAGCUGCAAAAGUGGAGGAGGAGAGUGUUGCAGAAGUAAAUGUGGAUGAAGAAGCAACAACUGAAGAAGAGGAAAAAGUGGAGGAAGAGAAGGAAGCAGAGAGAGUGGAACAAGAAAAUAUUGAGGAAGCUGCAGCUGAAACUAUUGGUGUGGAAGAAAAGAUGGAGGAGGAAGUAGCAACCACAGAGGAAAAAAAGGAAGAGGAAACACUUAUUGAACUACUUGUAGAACAACUAUCUGAGGAAGUUUCUGUGGUAGAGGCAGAAAAAGUGGAGGAGAAAGAGGAAGCAAAGCCAGUUGGGGAAGAGAAGAAAACUUCACCACCUGAGAAGGAAGAGCAAGCUCCAGUAGAGGAGGAAGAGGAUGCUCCAGUUGUAGAAACAAGAGUUUUGAGGAGAGGAAGAAAAAGUAUUCCAGCUUCUUCGACUCCAAAGCGCAAGUCCACAAGAAGAGACAAACAAGCGGAGGAGAAAGACCCAGCUGUGGAAGAAAAGGAACCAGUAGUGGAAACCAGAGCUCUGAGGAGAGGAGGCAGAGGAAGAUGUUCUGCUCCUGUCCCUGCCACACACGGACGCAAAUCCACACGAUCCCGCAAACAGCCUGAGGAGGUGGAGGCAGAAUUGGUAAAUGAGCAAAAGAUGGCAGAGGUGGUUGCACCUGUUCGGGAUGCUGUGGAGGAAAAAUUGGAGGAAGAAAAAGCAGUGGACGAAGCAGAAGCUGAAACUGCACCGUUGGAAGAGGAGAGUGUUGCUGAACAAAAGGUGGUGGAGGGACAAACGACUCAGGAAGUGAGAACUGCUACUGUGGAAGAAAAGGUGGAAGACACAAUACCUGAAAAAGAGGAAAAGGUUGAAGAGGACAAGAAAGCUGAAGCUGAAACUGCACCAGUAGAAGAGGAGAGUGUUGCAGAAGAAAAAGUGGAGGAAGAAGCUAAACCCACAGAGGAAGAAAAGGUGGAAAAAGCAACAACUGAGGAAGAGGAAAGAGUUGAGGAAGAUAAGAAAGAGGUGGAAGCAGAAGAGGAAGAAAUUGUUGAAAUGGGUGUAGAAAAACUAGCAGAUGUAGGUGAAGAGGCAGAACAAGUGGAGGAGUCAACAGCAGUUGAAAGUGUUGCAGAUGAAGUGGUAUUAAAGCCAGUUGAGGAACCUGCUGAGGAAGAAGAGAAGACCUCACCCCCUGAGGAAGAAGAGAAGACCUCACCCCCUGAGGAAGAAGAGAAUACCUCACCACCUGAGGAGGAAGAGGUAGAUGAGGAAGAACAAGCUCCAGUUGUAGAAGUAAGAGUUCUGAGGAGAGGAAGAAAAAGUGUUUCAGUUUCUCCCCCAAAAUGCAAGUUGAGAGGAAAAGGUAAACAGCCUGAGAAAGACGAGAAACUGGAGGAGCCAGAGGAUGAAGAGGCAGCUGAGGAGGAAGAAGAGGCACCCAUAGUUGAAGCCAGAGUUCUCAGGGGAGGAAGGAGAUCUGCCCCUACAACUGCCCCUGCUACAUCUAGACGCAAAUCCACACGAGUCAGCAGGCAUCCUGAGGAAGAGGAGGAUGUGGAGGCAGUUGCUGAACCUGCACUAGAAGCGAUGGAGGAAAAGGUGGAGGAAGAAAAAGCUAUGGAGGAGGAAAAGGAAGCUGCAGCUGAAACAGCACCAGUGGAAGAGGAGAGUGUUGCAGAAGAAAAGGUGGAGGAAGUAAAAGCAGUGGAGGAAGUAAAAGCAGUGGAGGAGGAAGGAGAAAUUGUGGAAGACGAAAAUGUGGAGGACGAGAAGGAACUGCAGAUUGUGGUAAAAGAGAAGGUUCAAGAAGCUAAAGCUAAAGCUGCAGCUGAAACUGAACCAGUUGAACAGGAUAAGGUGGAAGAGGAAACAACUGAGGAAGAGGAGAAAGGUGAGGAAGAGAAGAAAGAGAUGAAUGCAGAAAAGGAAACAAUUGUUGAAAUGGCUGUAGAAAAACUAGCAGAGGUUGUUGAAGAGGUAGAAAAAGUGGAGGAGUCAACAGCAGUGGAAAGUGUUGCAGAUGAAGUGGUAGAAAAUCCAGUUGAGGAACCUGCUGAGGAAGAAGAGAAGACCUCACUACCUGAGGUGGAAGAGGAGGCUCCAGUUGUAGAAACAAUAGUUCCGAGGAGAGGAAGAAAAAGUGUUCCAGUUUCUCCUCCAAAACUAAAGUCCACAAAAAGAGGCAAACAAGUCCAGGAAGAGGAAAGCAUGGAGGAGCCAGAGGAUGAAGAAGCACCAGUAGUGGAAACCAGAGUUACAAGGAAAGGAAGGAAAUCUGUCCUUGCUCCUGCCCCUGCCACACCUAGACGCAAAUCCAAACGAGCCCGCAUAGAACCUGAAGAAGAGAAAGAGGAGAAUGAAAAGGUAGACGAUGCGGCUGCAACAGUGGAGAGUGUGGAGGAAGAAAAGGUGGAGGAAGCUGCGGCUGCAACAGUGGAGAGUGUGGAGGAAGAAAAGGUGGAGGAAGCUGCGGCUGCAACAGUGGAGAGUGUGGAGGAAGAAAAGGUGGAGGAAGCUGCGGCUGCAACAGUGGAGAGUGUGGAUGAAGAAAAGGUGGAGGAAGCUGCGGCUGUAACAGUGAAGAGUGUGGAGGAAGAAAAGGUGGAGGAAGUGAAUGAACUGGAGGCAGAAGACAAGGUGGAAGAGGAAACAAAAGCUGUGGAAGAAGCAACCACUGAGGAAGAAGAAAAGGUGGAAGAAGCAACCACUGCGGGGGCUGUGGUAGAGGAGGCUGAAAAAGUGGAGGAGGUGGCAACAGUGAUGAAAAGUGUUGCAGUCGAAAAGCCAGUUGGGGAAGAGAAGACCUCACAACCUGAGGAAGAAGCAGAGACUCCUGUUGUAGAAAUAAGGGUCCUAAGGCGAGGGAAAAAAAGCACUCCUGUUAAUCCUCCAAAACGUAGGUUCACACCAAGAGGCAAGCAAGCUGAGGAAAAUGAGAAGGAGGAAGAAAAAGUAGAGGAGGUGGCUGAACAUGUGCCGGAAGCUGUGGAGGAAAAGGAGCAGGAGGAGAAGGUGGCUGAGCAUGUGCCGGAAGCUGUGGAGGAAAAUGAGGUGGCAGCUGAGGAAGAUGAGGCACCAUUAGUGGAAGCCAAUGUUCUGUGGAGAGGAAGGAGGUCUGCCCCUGCCACACCAAGACGCAAAUCCAAACGAGCCCGAAAAGAACCUGAAGAAGAGGAAAAUGAGGAGGAAAAUGUAGAGGAGGAAAACGCAGUGGAGGAGAAAAUGGUGGUUGAGGAGAAGAAGAUGGAGGAAGAAGAAAAGAUUGAAGAGCCAGCAGAGAGUGCUGCUUCAGAGACGAAAGAGGCUGAAGCCAUCGCACAGCAGCCAGAGGAGGUGGCAGAGCAAACAGAGCGGAAGGAAGAAGUAAAGAACACUGCUGAAACGGGAGAAGAAAAGAUAGCUGAUGAAGAAACAGAUAAAGAAACAGAUAAAGCAGUAGAGAAGGAAGAUGGAGACACCGCCAAUGUGGGAAAAAAUACUGACAAGGCAAUAGUAACUUCUGCUACUCAAGAUGAUGUAGCUGGUAAAGCUUCAGAGGACGAGGAGGGAGAAACUCUGGCGGUGGAAGCGGAAGAGGCAGAGAAAACAGAAGAAACGACAGAGGAAGUAGAAGACAAAGUCCAGGACAAAGCUGUUGAGGAAGAGGGAGAGGGCACAACAACAACAAGCCAAGAGGAAGAGGAAGUGGUAGCAGAGAGCCUUGAGGAAGUUGUGGAAGUUCCUCCAGUUGUGGAAACUAGAGCAAUGAGGAGCAGGACAAAAACAGUUGCACCAGUCACACCCAAACGAAAGUCCUUACGAAGCAAGUCUUUUGUGGAUUAUAAGGAACAGGAUGCAGAGGGGGAGGAAACAGGAAAUGAACCCACAGUGGAAGAAGGGGAGGAUAAUGUAGUGGCAGAAGAGGCGAGCGUAGUAGAGGAGGAGAAAAAAGAAAAAGAGGAGGAAGGGGCCCCGAUGCCUGAGGUUGCUGUUGUCAAGGAGACGGAGAAGCAGCCUGUGGUAUCGAGAGUUCUGAGAGUGAGGUUAAUGGCCACACCCACACCACAGCAGCGUACAUCCACAAAACGCAGCAAAAUAGUUACACCUGAGAAGGUCGAGCCUGAAGUGGGCAUGCUUUCAUCGGAUGAAGAGCAGGAAGAGAGCCCUGUGGAAAAGAGAAACCUCCGGAAGAGAAAAAGCAUGGAACCAACACCUGUUCGCAGAUCCAUGCGCCGCAGCAGAACUUAGACUGUGGAGAAAGUUUUUUUGGUUCAGUUUUAAAAAAUGAAUCUAUUUAGUGAAGAUUUUAUAUUAGACCAGAUUGUUUUCUUCUAUCUAUUUGUACGUUUCUAUAAAUAUAAAAAUAGAAAAAAAAACAUACAUCACUUAAUAUUUUUAUGUAAUUUUUCUGAAAGUCAAUAUGUAGUUUAUUUUAUAUCUUUUCAUAUUGUAUAUAUAUUUUGCAUUUAACCACAAGUCUGUGAACAGUUUCUUGUUGACCUUAGUGGCUGGUAACACAAUGCGUUUCAGCUUUGGUUUGGACACAAUCGUCUAAAACAACAUUUAUUCACUCAAAAUACUGCAUCCCAUGUUCUGCUAAAACAACAUUUAUUCCCUCAAAAUACUGCAUCCAUAAUCUGCUAAAACAACAUUUAUUCCCUCAAAAUACUACAUCCAUGAUUGGCUAUAACAACAUUUAUUCGC